AUGCCGCCCUCCCGCUGGGCCACAUCCGCCGAAGACGACGCCCGCCUAGCCAAAGAAAAGGAAGAGAAACGGCGUCGCAAAGCCGAAAAGGCGCGUAAGCUCGAGCAGCAGCAGAAGGAAGCUGUUGCUGCUGCCGCCGCCGCCGCCCAGAGACAACCCCAAGACGAAGAGCAAUCAGAACAGCGGCCCAGCAAACGAAGACGGCUAUCCCCCGAACUCGACGACGAUGCGCCGCCCAAACUGCUGCGCUUCGACGCCGGAGGCUGGAACAAGUCGCGCAGCGUGGAGAACUACGACAAGCUGAACGACAUUGAGGAAGGCACCUACGGCUGGGUGGCGCGCGCCACAGACCUGACGACGGGGAAAGUAGUCGCGCUGAAGAGGCUGAAGCUCGAGCCCAACGAUCGGAGUGGGCUGCCCGUCACGGGCCUACGCGAGAUUCAGAUCCUCAAAGACUGUCGACAUCGCAACAUUGUGUCCAUGGAGGAGGUCGUCGUCGGCGACGACACCCACCGCCUCGACAACUCCAUCUUCCUCGUCCUCGAGUUUGUCGAGCACGACCUCAAGUCCAUCCUCGAAGACAUGCCCGAACCCUUCCUCUCCUCCGAGAUCAAGCAGCUCCUCCUCCAGCUCACGGCCGGCACCGCCUACCUGCACGCCCACUGGAUCCUCCACCGCGACCUCAAGACGUCCAACCUCCUCCUCAACAACCGCGGCCAGCUCAAGAUUGCCGACUUUGGCAUGGCCCGCUACAUCGGCGACCCGCCCCCGGCCAAGCUGACGAGCCUCGUCGUCACCCUGUGGUACCGCAGCCCCGAGUUGCUCCUGGGCACCAAGACCUACGGCGCCGCCGUGGACAUGUGGAGUGUCGGCUGCAUCUUUGGCGAGCUGCUCACGAGGGAGCCCCUGCUCCAGGGCAAGAACGAGGUCGAUCAAAUGUCAAAGAUCUUUGAGCUGUGCGGCGUGCCGACCGACGAGUCGUGGCCUGGCUUCCGAAGGUUGCCCAACGCCCGCUCACUGCGCCUGCCCAAGAACACCCUCACCACGGGCUCCGUCAUACGGGCGCGCUUCCCCAACAUGACGUCCGCGGGCGCUGGCCUCCUGAACGAGCUGCUGUCGCUGGACCCGGAGCGUCGACCCACGGCCAAGGCGAUGCUCCAGCACGAGUACUUUCGUCAGGACCCCAAGCCGAAACCGGAGACCAUGUUUCCAACCUUCCCGAGCAAGGCUGGCCAGGAGAGGCGGAGGCGUCACGAGCCCCAUGCCCCUGGACGUGGAGAGGCUGCCUCGUUUGGCGAUGCCGACUUCACAGGAAUAUUGCAAGGACGCGACAAGGAGGAACGCGGAGCUGGCUUCUCCUUGCGUAUGGUGUAG